UGACCCAGAUUCGGAGAGAGCGAGCCAUCCUACAGUUCUUGAGGAGCGCCGCUCGGCCGUCGCAUUUCCAUAGCGAGAGUGAAAGCCGACCGGAUCACAGCUCCACCGGAGAUGCUUCUCUACGCAGUGCUCAUCUUCGUCGGCCUCUUGGGCCUCGGCCGGUGCCAGUGCACGACCAACGGCUACUUCCCGCACGAGACACAGUGCGACAGCUACUACGAGUGCAGGAAUGGCACGGUGACACAAGGUUUCUGUCCCGAUGGGCUGGUCUUCAAUGAAGAGGCCAGCUACAAGCAUCUGCGCUGCGACCUUCCAUUCAGCGUCAACUGCCAGAACCGGCCAUACAUGCAACCAGCGCAGGGCGUGGGCAACUGCCCCCGUCGCUGGGGUAUGUACGCGGACGAGGCCAACUGCGGCAAGUUCUACAACUGCGUGGACGGUCAUGGCUUCCCUUUUGACUGCCCCGAGGGACUGGCCUACAACGAGCGCCGCGGAGUCUGUGACUGGCCCGACCUGGUGGAACGCUGCGACGUCGAAGCGUAUCUGGGCUUCAAGUGUCCCGAGCCGACAGCGUACGAGCUCCAGGACUUCGUGAACCCUCCCUAUGCGCACCCGCGCGACUGCGCCAAACACUUUGUGUGCGUGGCCACGUACUACGGCAAGAGACUCCCACGCCUCCUCUCCUGCGAUGAAGGCACUGUCUUCAACCCCUCCACAAGGACUUGUGACGACCCCGUCAACGUGCCCGGCUGCGAAAACUACUACGGUGCACAGGAGGAUCCUUUCAACAAGCGUCAGACCCUUCGGAACCAGGGACGAUGAGAGCGAACUCCUUGUUUAGGUCACUUUGAUCACAUUUCCCUGACCCAUUAAAGCGUACACAGUGCCCUCCCUUCAGUCACGCCCUUUUUCUGCAUGUCCGUAGAUGCGCAGCGAAAAGCUGGGAGGUUCGAAUAAAUUUUGAAUUUCAUUAAGUGGAA